UACCGUUCCAUCUGGGGGUUGUUGCUUCAGGUGCUUGGGACAGGACUUCGGGAAGGUGGUUGGAAGAGCGGUGGCCUGCCACCCAGCCAGCCAGACGUCCAGAGACAAUCGAACCACGGACACCGUUCAAUCAAACGGCACGGCUACCCUUCUUCCCAUCCAUUCUCCCGCACGAAAGAAAAGAAAGGUUUCCUGCUGCUGCUGCUCGCCCGACAAAUUGACAAACACAGCAAUGUGUGUCUGUCUCUCAUCUUUCAACCAGGAAGCGCGAUCACACGCACCUCUGGGGGAAGCAAAUGCAGCAAUUCCUUGCGGGUGUUUUCUCGUCGCAUGAGAAAUCCUUAAUCGUGAUCGCCGCUUUAUGAUGAUGAUGAUGGUGUUGUGGUACCGUUUCAAAGAACUGUAAAAUAGCGCAAAACCGAUGUCGCGAGUGUGUCAGGUCGCUAACAAGCUAGUAGAGACUUUAGAAAGGCGCGUGUUAAUGUUAACAGUUCAAUCAAGUGUGUUCAAUUUAGUUCCCUCGUUAUAAGCAAAUUAUAAUUCAACGUGUGUGUGUGUGUGUGUGUUGCAAUUUCAGCAGUGAGAGACAUUUUCAUUCAUCCCAUUCCAACCCAAAACCCUCCCCAGCAACAAACACUUUCGAGUUUUUGCGUGUAAGCAGGGUGAAUCUCCUCAUACCGCGCAAAACUUGUAAAGUACCACCAAUCCCCUCCACGGCGCGGAGGGGAGCCGGGGGAGACGGGAGGGUUGAAUGAUCAGUGGUUAGUGCAAGUGUCGGUGUCACCGUCAAACAAACCACCGUGUGUGUGUUGCUGCUUUGCUACCGGAUCUCUUUAUCGGCGGUUCUGGUCCCAGCACCGGAUCGUAUAACCAGGUCACGCACAACAACAACGCCCCUGUAAGAAUUGCCGACGUUGCUAACCAUCCUGGCGAAUAACUCCUCGAACAGUGCCGGCGGUGGAGCCGACGACGGUGGCAGAAAUCGGCAGCAGCUUCCCCAAACAUCGCAUUCCUCUAGCGGCAACGGUCGCAGCGUAUCUCAGGAACCAACCUCAACGGCCGGAAGUCGUAAUGUUGCAGCAGUAGUAGCAGCAGCAGCAUCCACGACAGCAGCAUCUUCAACGGCAACAGGCGGCGGAAUGGCAGGACACACGAGUGGUGGUGGUGGUGGUGGUAGCGGCAACGGCGCUGGUCCCUCGUAUCCAUCCUCCUCAGGCAAUAGCAAUCAGCAGCAUCAGCACCAGCUCCACCAGCAGCAACAGCACCACCACCAUCAACAGCAGCAAAACCAUGGCAAUAAUAAUAGCAAUAAUGAGCCGGAUGGAGGAAUCGGUGAAUGGAACCCGCUCGAGCACGGUGUCGGUGUUGGCGGUGGCGGAGGCGGCACUGGAAGCGGCAACAACCACAACCACGGCGGAGGAAGCGGCGGUCGGGAAAAUAGCAACAACGCCGGCAACACCGGCAAUGUCGCAAACCAAAACAGCAACAACGCGAACGCGGAGGAAAUCGAUCGGUUUAGCUUCGAGGAUUCGGACCGGUUCGAGGAGGAUUCGCUGUGCAGCUGGAGUUCCGAGCCGGAGAGCGUGUGCAACAACUGGCGGGGCUGGAAGAAGCCGGCCGGAACGAUUAACGCGUUCGGCGGUGGGCCCGGUCGACGGUUCAACGAGGGUGAACCAACAUCGCUGACCGAGCUGGCGGCUCGCUGUGUCGCGUUCUACAUCCCGUUCGAGCUGGUCGAGCAGAUGUACCCGCCGGUACCGGAGCCGAUCAUGCUGCGCAUCGCCUUCUGGAGCUUCCCGGACAAUGAGGAAGACAUACGGCUGUACUCGUGCCUAGCGAACAGCUCCGCCGACGAGUUUCAUCGGGGCGAGCAGCUGUUCAAAAAUCGUACCGUUAAGGACCCGCUCCAGAUCGGGUUCCAUCUGUCGGCGACGGUGGUGCAGGCGCAACCGCGCAACCACUACAACGUCGCGGUCACCUUUGACCGGCGAAAAAUUUCCUCCUGCAGCUGCACCUGCCUUCCCACCACCUACUGGUGUUCGCACGUGGUUGCCGUUUGCCUCUACCGGAUUCAUUGCCCUACCAAAGUGAGCCUUCGGGCGCCCGUCUCGGAAUCGCUGUCCCGGUUGCAACGCGAACAGUUGCAAAAGUUUGCACAGUAUCUGAUCAGCGAACAGUCGCAGCAGAUACUGCCGAUAGCGCAACGGUUGCUGGACGAGCUGCUGAGCGCCCAGCCGACCACCAUCAACACGGUGUACGGUGCGCCAGAUCCGACCGCCGGUGCAUCCGUGAACGAUCAGACGAACUGGUAUCUCGAUGAGAAAACGCUGCAUGAUAACAUUAAGAAGAUAUUGUUCAAGUUCUGCCAACCGACGCCGAUGGUGUUUAGCGAUGUAAACUAUCUGACGAACUCGGCACCACCGGCGGCAGCGGAGUGGAGUUCGUUGCUGCGACCGUUGCGCGGCCGUGAACCGGAAGGCAUGUGGAAUCUGCUGUCGAUUGUGCGCGAGAUGUACCGGCGGUGCGAUCGGAAUGCGGUGCGUUUGCUGGAAAUCAUCACCGAGGAGGUGAUGGCGUGCGAUCAGAUUUUGGUGUGGUGGUUUAACAUUAAGCUAGCGCUGCUGGUCGGUUCGAACGGGCACGGGGGUGGUGGGGGUGGCGGAGGCGGUGGCAAACAUGGCAACACGCACAGCAAUCUAAACGCGACGCAGCAUGCGUGCGCAUCGCUGUGCGACGAGAUAGUGGUGCUGUGGCGGCUUGCCGCCCUCAAUCCAGGGCUCGCACCGGACGAGCGCGACAUGCUGCACGCCCAGUUUACCACGUGGCACCUCAAGAUAUUGGACCGGGUGGCAAAGAACAUGGUGGCCUCGUCUUCGCACAGCAGCAAGCAGCAGCAGAAUCUGCGCAACGACGCGGAACUGUUUGCCGGGUUCAAGCCGGCAAUCGAAGCCUGCUAUCUCGACUGGGAGGAUUACCCGAUCGAGGGUGUGACGCACACGCAAGACACCAACCCGAUGUAUCACUGCCCGUUCACCUGCUUCAAGCAAAAUGGCGACACGCGGCUGGACGGUGGUGCGACCACCACCGGUUCGAUGCCGGUGCCGCAGAGCAACGUGAAACAGUUUCAGAUGAUGGUGCAUCACUACCACCACCAUCAUCAUCAUCAUCACAGUUACCACAACGCCGACUAUAUGCAGCAGCAGCAGCGGCACCAUUCGAUUCCGAGCGCGUCGAACGUUGGUGCCGGCAUGAUGAGCACGGAUCGCUACCGAAACAUUACGACCGUAGCAAAUGCCACCACACGAACGGUGGAAACACCGCACCAUCAUGCUGGCAGUAGCUCCGGUGCUGGAUCAUCCGGUCUGGCAUCUGCGUCGGUUCCUGCAACAUCCGCUGCGACCACCAACAAUGUAUCAACGAUCAGCAUUGAUGGUGCGGUAAAUGAUGGCGGUGCGGAUGGGAUUGCUGGUGGCGACCCAUCGUCGAACGACGAUAACGCGAAUAAUGACGCAGGUAGUAGUAGCAAACGGUCUGGAGCAGCUGGUGGAGACGUAGCAAAUAAGAACCAUCACCAUCGUACCCGAGCCCAUCGCGAUCGGCUCACGUACUGUUCGUCUAGUAAUAAUAGCAGCAGCGACAGUGUACCGGACCGGCUGAAUCAAGCUGUCAGCGAUGCGGGUACGGCAGCGGAUGGGACGACCGGGAAAGGACACAGCUCGGCCGGAACGGCUGGAUCAUCGAUGGCGGCCGCCACGCGAAGCUGUGAUGCGAUCGGUGCCGGUGGUAAUCGUUCGAGCGUUAGCAGCGAAGGAUUCUGUGAGAAUGAGGACGAUCUGACGGCCGUUGCCGACGAGAAGCUGCAACACUAUCUGCUCCCGGUGGAUGUGGUGAAAAAGGGCGAUGCUGGCAACGAGGGUAGGUCGGUAACUGCCGGGCCCGGCGUGGCUGAGAUGAGUGUUACCGGCGGGGGGUCGGGACCGGCGGUUGAUCCAAGCCUGCCGCUGCUGAGUGUUAGCAACUCUUCGUCCAGCUCGUCGUCCUCCUCCACCUCCCUAUCGUCCAGUUCCGCUGCGACGGAUCUCGUGCAGAAAAAGCAGACGGUGGCGGCCGAGGGGACGACGGGUUCACUGUCGAGCGAAUCGAGCAAUGAAAACAGCAUCCUGAACGAUAUGAACAAUUACGAAAUUUCGGGCAACAUUAAGCUGUACGAAGUGUUGAACAUGGUGGAACAACAGGCGACCGGCGCAACCGCCAGCAGCAGCAAACCCGAUCCGGUGCCACAGGCGACCAACACACCCAAACACAACAGUGCCAAACGCCACGGGUGUAGUGAGGGAUCGUCGGACAAUGUGGGCACCGUCACGGAACACGUUACACCACCCUCGGUGGAACCUUUCGGAGAAGCGAAUCGUGGCGAAGGUUCACCACCACAGCCAGCCUCAGCAUCAUCAUCACAGCAACCAAACACACCAACUACGACGACGGCUCACCAGCAACAUCAACACAAAUCCGGUAAGCAGCAGCAGCAGCAGCAACCCUCAACCUCCUCGACCCAAUCGCACACCGAAUCGAAGCAAAUGCCGCUCUCCAACAUCAAACCGACGGAGGACGCGUGGGACAUACUGUUUGCGCGCGCGGAAGGGCUACAUGCGCACGGUCACGGCCGGGAAGCGUGCACGCUGGGCGUACGGCUCGCGUCGGAAAUGUUAGCGAACCCGCCCAACCUGAUGGUCGAUCUGCCACCGCCACCGAAGAAGAAGGGCAAGAAACACAACGUCAAUCCGAUCUCACACCAGCUGAGCGUGCUCGCGUCGGCCACCCUCUCCAAGUGCGCCUUCCUCUGUACGGUGCUGGCGGAAAACUCCGAACACUACCAUCUCGCGUUUCGCGUGUGCUUGUUCGGGUUGGAGAUGUCCCGGCCGCCGGCCAGCACCAAACCGCUCGAGGUGAAGCUCGCGAACCAGGAGUCGGAUCUGCUGGCACUGCUCAAACGCAUCCCGCUCGGGAACGACGAGCUGAAGGCGAUACGCGAGCGGGCGGAACAGCUGCGCGAUGGAAUGCUCAAAUCGCGCGGCGAAGCGUUGCUACCGAUAAUGCUCGCCAGCUUUAUCUUCGACGCGCUCGUAAUGCCUUCGGUGGUGGGGCGCGAAAAUCGGCUCAAGAUGAUGAGCAGCGCCUAUCGCUAUCCGACGGAUGAGAAUCUUGGGUUCGAGGCGGCCGUAGCGGCCCUGGGGCUGAAGGCGAACGUGUCGGAAGCGGAGCAUCCUUUGCUCUGUGAGGGAACACGGCGGCAGCGUGGCGAUCUCGCGCUUACGUUACUGUCCUACUACAAGGACGAGCCGCGCAAGAUCUGUCGCAUCAUGGAGAAGCUGCUCGAUCGGGAGAUUCACGUGCUCAUCAAGACACCGCUACUACCGUCGUACUACUCGAACAAUCCGCCCACGCGUAGCCAAACGUCCCAGCUGCGGUUGGACGAGUACGACAGCGGGAACAGUGGCAACAGCACGCAUCAUCAUCCCGCGCAUCAACUGCAAGCGUACGGUGGCAAUAGUGGUGGGCGUAGCAGCAGCAGCACAGGAAGCGCCGAAGUGCAGCAACAGCAGCCGGCCGGAUCUGUUGUCGCUGGCUCGCAUCUGUCUCAGGGUUCGGAGUUGUCAGGGCUAGCGAGCAGUAGCCGGCCGCAGAGCAGUACCAGUGCGGAGGUGGAGGUAGGCAUCGCAGCACUAAAUCUGGGCGGCACCACAACAACUCCCAACGCGAUCGGUGGUACAACCUCCUCCUCCUCCACUACCACAACCACGACGGCAAUGCUUCCGACUGUGGGCAGCUCUACCACCACCAUCACCACCGCUGGCGGCGGCGGCGGUGGGCCUUCAGCGUCCACUGCGGCAACCGUCACGACCGGUGGGACGCCCUCGGUCACUACGACCCGCUCGAAAGACUCCCGGUACAAGGGCAAACGGGCGUAUCCUUCCAUUCCGAACCAACCGUCCGAGGCGAGCGCGCACUUCAUGUUCGAGCUGGCCAAGAACGUGCUGACGAAGGCGGGCGGUACAUCGGCCACAUCGCUGUUUACCCAGGCGAGCACCACCCAGAACCAUCAGGGACCGCACCGCGGAUUGCACAUGUGUGCGUUCCAGCUGGGGCUGUAUGCGCUCGGCCUGCACAACUGCGUCAGCCCGAACUGGUUGUCGCGCACGUACUCUUCGCACGUGUCGUGGAUAAUUGGGCAGGCGAUGGAUAUCGGGGCGCCAGCGAUCUCCUUCCUGAUCGACACGUGGGAAGGUCAUCUGACGCCGCCGGAAGCGGCCGGCAUGGCUGACCGUGCGUCCUCCCGCGGGUGGGAUAGCAACAUGGUGAAUCCGGCGGCAGAGCUGGCCUUGUCGGUGCUGCCGCACGCAGCAGCACUCAACCCGAACGAGAUCCAGCGCGCCAUCCUGCAGUGCAAGGAGCAGAGCGACCGGAUGCUCGAGCGGGCCUGCAUUAUGGUCGAAACGGCGGCGAAGGGGGGCGGCGUGUAUCCGGAGGUGCUGUUCCAGGUGUCGCGCUACUGGUACGAGCUGUACCUGCGCAACACGCCGGGUGGGGAGAUGGAAGCGGACGAGCAGCACGACGUGGUCGUCAAUCUCAUGCAGAUGAUGGAACCGGGCGGAGCGGUCGAUGCGCCACCCAUGCCCGGCGUGGGCCCAUCCGGGCAGCCGGGCAAUGGUCCGACGGGCGGAGUCCCUCCACCGGUCGGUGGUGGUGGUGGUGGUGGUGGUGGAGCGACACCGCAGCAACCUUACCCCCCACCCUUACAGCAUCAACCCCUGUCCGGGUUGGCCCCGAUAAGCAUGACACCGUACGGUGGCUACGGGUACGGCACGAUCUUUCACCAUCAGAAUGCGCUCCCGUACACACACGCAAACAAUCCGGUGCAUCAGAUGUACCUUACCACGCCGCUCCAGUUUCAGUAUCCACCACCGCCGCCACCACCCGGUAGCCAAGGUGGACAGCCACAGCCGCAACCACCACAACCAACCGUUGGCUACGGCCAGCAGCAACAACAACCUCCACAGCAACCGCUCGGUGCGAUGAAUCCUGCCGCGGUCGCUGCGUACCAAUCGAUGCAGCAGCACGGCGUACCGCCACAAGCUUACGGCACACCACCACAGUACCAGCCCGUGCCAGGCGGCGUGCCGGGAGUACAACCACAAGGGCCACCCACCAAUCCCGGCCAGAUGCAGCCAAACUUGCAGCAGUUCUACGGUGGACCACAGGCGGCGGUGGUGGCGGCGGCCAUGCAGCAUCAGCAACAGCUGCCGGGUGUGCCCCCGGUACAGGUGGGCGGUCCGCAGGGCGGUGGUCCUCCACAGCUAGCACCGUCUUCUCUACCACCAACCGUGCCCGGCAGCCAGGUGACGCAACAGCAGGUAGCCGGGAGCGUAGCAGGAGGACUGCAGGGCCCAACACCUUCCCCGCAACAGCAACACGGCGCUAACAGUAUGCGUCCCCCGCAUGGCGUUAGCAGUGGUGGUGUUGGUGGACCUCCGUACCCUGCCACCUACGGUCCAGCAUCCGGCACCGGUGGUAACAACGGGUCUAGCGGAGGCCAGCAGCAGGUCCGAGCCCAACGGCAUCCGCAUCAUUCCAACGCAGCCCAACUGCACUAUCUGCUCGCAACGUACAAUGCGGGCAUGCUGGCGCUGGAAACACUCGCCCGCCGGGUUCACGACGAUCGACCGCAGGCUAAGUACGCACGCAAUCCACCGUACGGUGAGGACGUCAAAUGGUUGCUGCGCAUCUCGAAAAAGCUCGGCACACAGUAUCUGCAUCAGUUCUGCGUGUGCGUGGUAAACUCGAUCGUUAGCCCGUUUGUGUUGCACGAGGUCGCGAUCGAAUCGGCACACUAUCUGUCCCGCAACAAUCCGGCGCUCGUGAUGCACCACCUUCGGUCCGCCCUAACGCCACUGAUGAGCAAGUGUCAGAGCAUGUACUUUCAAUGCAUACAUCAGAAGCUGUACCAUCUGACGAUCGCGGACUAUGAGGACUUUACCAGUACGAUUCUAUCCGCGCGUAACGCAUUCCAGAUAACACCGGAAGGCAAUGCUCAGUUUAAGGAUUGGCUGCAAUCAAUCAAACGGUCCAAGUCGUGCAAGAAGGAGCUAUGGACGCAAAUAAAUGCCGCACUCAACUCUAAAUGACAUAGACUCGAUUCGAUUGGAUCGGAGCUGAACAUGAUGCUAGCAGCGGCAGCAGCAGCAGCUGCAUCAGCAGUCACAUCCAACAGUUGCAACAGCAUAAGCAAUGAUCCCAGUUAUAGUAUUAGCAAAAUCGGAACCACAUCGAU